GCUCGGAACGGUACUCGGUGCACCGUACUGGGUGCUCCGAACGGUGCAAGGUGCCCGGUGCAGGAUGCUCGGCGCUGGGUGCACGGAGCGGUGCUCGAUGCUCAGAGCAGUGCAGAGUGCUCAGUGCGGGGUGCUCAGAGUGGUGCAGGGUGUUCGGUGCUGGGUACACAGAGCAGUGGCCGGUGCAGGGUGUUCCAUGCUGGGUUCACGGUGCUGGGUGCUGGGAGCAGGAUGCUCCGUGCUGGGUUCACGGGGUGGUGCUGGGUGCUGGGUGCAGGGUAAGUUCUGUGCAGUGCAGGAUGUGCUGAGAGUGCUGCAGGGUGCUUGGUGCACGGUGCAGGAUACAUGGCAGGUGCCACAGGGUGCUCAGCACAGGGUGCUCCUUGUGCCUUUCUCCCCUUGUUCCUGCUAUCUGGCACCCACUCCCCAUGCCCCUGCUCCCCUGGCACCUUCCUGGCAGCCCAGCAUCAGCCCGGCCAUGCCCCCCAUAACCCAAGCAUCACCAUACAGAAGGGCAUCCAUAGGCAGGGACUGUCCAUCCAUCCGGGUGUCCAGAGCUGAACUGGUGUCAGCGCUGCCCUCCCCUGCCAGGGUGAGUGUGGUGGCCCGUGCUGCAGUCAGCUGAGCAGGUGAGUGUUGGGGGCAACCUGCACCUUCGGGUCUUGGUCAGCAUCAGCGUCUGCUGUUGGCACCAGAGAUGUUUGCAGUGCUGAGGCCGGGGUGGCCGUGGGGUGCAGAUCCCUUGGCAAAGGGGGUGCAGGUGGGUGCCCAAGUGGCUGCGUUGGCACCAUGCAGCCCAUCCAAAACACUGACACUGUCCUUGGCUGUGCCCAUCUGUCACUUGCCCUGUGUGGCAGGGAUGUGACAUCCACGCUGUGUCCAUAGCAAGGUCAAAUUCCUUGGGACUCGUGGCUGGAGUUGCCAUCCCAGCACUGUUGGCAGUGUGUCCCAGGAUGGGCUGCGUGAGCUGGGCUGAUGUCCUCCAUGGGCAAAGGGGGGUUUGCAUCACACAGACCUUUGCUCUGACCCUUGAUGUGUUUGUUUGCACACUCAGGCUCUGUCCAAAAAACAUCUCACAGCUUGAAACCCCUUAACUUGCCUCCCUUUGCCAGUCAGAGCCACCCUGCCAGCUGCUUGGGUGCACUGUGGGGUGGCAAGUCCCCCCUUGGCACAGUAGUGCUGCUCCCUUCUGCUCAGGCACCAAGCAAGGGUGUUCUGGAGGUUGCAGCAUGAAGCUCGGCUAGCAGCAAAAUGACCUUAUGGGGGCAAGAUGCCCAUGGAGUUGGACACUCGCUAGCUGAGAGCUGAAGUCCCCAGCCUGUGCCUAGGAGAGCAGAAUGCGGGUCACUAUGCGGAGGGUGCUGCUGGUGCUGGGCUCGGUGGCCGCCUUGAUGGUGACUCUGCACCUCGGCCAUCAGGUUCUGGAGUGCCAGCAGGUCCUGAGCGAGAGGAGGCACAGGCUGAUGAGACCCGAGAACGAGGAGCUGGUCAUGAUGGAUGCCAACCACGUCGAGUACCGUUACAGCAAGGACAUGCCCCUGAUCUUCAUCGGGGGGGUCCCACGCAGCGGCACCACGCUCAUGAGGGCCAUGCUGGACGCCCACCCCGAGGUGCGCUGCGGGGAGGAGACCCGCAUCAUCCCCCGCGUGCUGGCCAUGCGCCAGGCCUGGUCCAAGUCCGGGCGGGAGAAGAUGCGCCUGGACGAGGCGGGGGUGACGGACCAGGUCCUGGACGCCGCCAUGCAGGCCUUCAUCCUGGAAGUGAUCGCCAAGCACGGCGAGCCCGCCAGGUACUUGUGCAACAAGGACCCUUUCACGCUCAAGUCCUCUGUCUACCUGUCCAGGCUGUUCCCCAAUUCCAAAUUCCUCCUGAUGGUGCGGGACGGCCGGGCCUCAGUGCACUCCAUGAUCACACGGAAAGUGACGAUCGCGGGCUUUGACCUGAACAGCUACCGGGACUGCCUGACCAAGUGGAACAAAGCCAUCGAGGUGAUGUACUCCCAGUGCCUGGAGGUCGGCCGGGCCCGCUGCCUGCCCGUCUACUACGAGCAGCUGGUGCUGCACCCCGAGCAGUCCAUGCACAACAUCAUGAAGUUCCUGGACAUCUCCUGGAGCAACACGGUGCUGCACCAUGAGGAGCUCAUUGGGAAGCCCGGCGGGGUGUCGCUUUCCAAGAUAGAAAGAUCCACAGACCAGGUGAUCAAGCCGGUGAACAUGGAGGCGUUAUCUAAAUGGAUCGGGCACAUCCCAGGGGAUGUGCUGCAGGACAUGGCCCACAUCGCCCCGAUGCUCGCAAGGCUGGGCUACGACCCCUAUGCCAACCCCCCCAACUACGGCCACCCCGACCCCCUGGUUGUCAACAACACACACAGGGUUUUAAAGGGGGAUUAUAAAACACCGGCCAAUCUGAAAGGUCACCUGCAGGUCACUCAGAACACGUCAUCUUCUCACUAAGAAAAUUAAUGAUUUCCAGAACGUUGCAAAUGGCCUUUUGUUGCCCAAGAAGGAAGAGUUUGCGCUGGCCCAUGGAAAUCGGUUCUCCAAGCAUAUUGCUUGCUCCUACUGUUGCCAAAUGACUGCGCUCCAGGAAUGUAUUUGCAUUUAUUUGCAAAGGCCAAACGUGCUCCACGGCGGGAAUGUCCUCGGCCUCUCCCAGCGCUCCGUGGGAAAAGCAGCUGUGGGAAUCCAGGCUCAGGGGUGGCGGGAGGAGGUUCCGUGUGUGCCGUGGCCAGAGGACUCGUUACAUCUCGCGUCAGUGUCUUGUGACGCCGUUCCCUGUUCCUGGGAACAGCCCUCCCAGCACUGCUGUUCUGUGUUCCUGGGGUCAGGAACAGCCCCCCUGGUCCUGCUGUUCUGUAUUCCUGGGGUCAGGAACAGCCCCCCUGGUCCUGCUGUUCUGUAUUCCUUGGGCUAGGAACAGCCCCCCUGGUCCUGCUGUUCUGUAUUCCUGGGGUCAGGAACAGCCACCGUGGUCCUACUGUUCUGCAUUCCUUGGAUUGGGAACAGCCACCCUGGUCCUGCUGUUCCCUAUUCCCCGGGUGGGGAACAACCCUCCCUACUGUUCUGUAUUUCUGGGGUUGGGAACAACCAUCUUGGCCUUGCUGUUCCCUAAUUCCAGGGUUGUAAACAGUAAUCCUGGGCCUGUUGUUCCUUAUUCUCACUGUUGGGAUCAGCCAUCCUGGUCCUGCCAUUCCCUGUUCCCAGGCUCAAGAACAGCCGCCCUGUCCCUGCUG